UCCCCACUCACAAUCAGACGCCAAAAAGGAAGCAAAUUUUCCAACUUCUUUACUCAAAACUUUCGUUGUUUUCCAAAAAGAAAGGGAAGAGAAAUUCUCAAUGGCGCCAAAAGCUGAGAAGAAGCCGGCCGAGAAGAAGCCAGCUGAGAAGCCAUCGGAGGAGAAGAAGACCACCGUCGGCGAGAAAGCCCCUGCUGAGAAGAAACCAAAGGCCGGGAAGAAGCUUCCCAAGGAAGGCGCAGCAGCCGGAGACAAGAAGAAGAAGAGAGCCAAGAAAAGCGUUGAGACCUACAAGAUCUACAUCUUUAAGGUGCUCAAGCAAGUCCACCCAGAUAUCGGGAUCUCAAGCAAGGCCAUGGGAAUCAUGAACAGUUUCAUCAAUGAUAUAUUCGAGAAGCUUGCUCAAGAGGCUUCUAGACUCGCAAGGUACAACAAGAAGCCCACCAUUACAUCCAGGGAAAUUCAGACUGCUGUUAGGCUUGUACUUCCUGGAGAGCUUGCCAAACACGCUGUCUCGGAAGGCACUAAGGCGGUGACCAAGUUUACUAGCUCUUGAAUUUUGGAGGGUGAAAAUGUUAGGGUUUCUGUAAUUGGGGGAUUUUGUGAAUUUGGUGCCAUUUGGGAAUUAAGGGUUAGGAUCUUAUGGUAGUGUUAUUUGAUGUUUGCUCUUUAUAACUUUUAGUUGGUUAAUGUAGUUUUGAUGGAUGUAAGUACUUUGGAUUGAUGGAUUUAAAAUGCUUGAAAUGAAAAUGCUUCUUUUUGUUCGAUAAA